AUGGCCUCUCUGCUCGCCAAGGACGCCUACCUGCAGGGCCUGGCCAGGAAAAUCUGCUCCCAGCCCAGCCCGGAGCCUCAGAAACGCAAGUCCGCCAGCAAAACUCGAGGCUCAGAAGCUUCUGGGCCCCCAAAAAAGAAGAGGAAGAAAGCGCAGAAGAAAUCCUGGGAGAGGGAGGAGAAGGCUGUGGAGCCAAAAGCCCAACCCCUAGGGGAGAAGUCUCCAGCAGCUUCCAAGGCCAGAAACCCAGCAGCAGCCACGGAGGAAGAGGCCUUCACCUCCACAGGAUCUCCUGCAGGUGGAGAUGUCGCAGAGUCCGAGUCUUUGUUUGCCCUGGAUGUUCUGCGGCAGCGGCUACGUGAGAAAAUACAGGAGGCCCGGGGCCAGGGCAGCACCUCGGAGCCGUCUCCCGCGGCUCUGGAGAAAAGACGCCGGAGGAAGCAGGAGCGGGACCGCAAGAAGAGGAAGCGGAAGGAACUGAGGGCGAAGGAGAAGGUGGCAAAGGCCACGGAGGCUGUCGAGCCGCCCCGCGAGGCACCCCGCGAGCCACCGCGAGAGGAGGCACAGCUGGGGCUGCUCUUCAAUAAGGUGGAGGUGAGCGCGGGGGAGCCGGCCGGCAAGGCCCAGCGCCGGAAGGAGAAGAGGCAGAAGCUGAAGGGGAAGCUGACGCCGCUGACGGGGAAGAACUACCGGCAGCUGCUGGAGCGCCUGCAGGCACGGCAGGGUCGGCUGGCCGAGCUGCGGGACCAGGACGAGGGGAAGGCGCGGGAGCUGGAGACCAAGAUGCAGUGGACCAACCUGCUGUACAAGGCCGAGGGCGUGCGGAUCCGGGACGACGAGCGCCUGCUGCAGGAGGCCCUGAAGCGCAAGGAGAAGCGGCGGGCGCAGCGGAAGCGCAGGUGGGAGAAACGCACGGCCCGCGUGGUCGAGAAAAUGCAGCAGCGGCAGGACAAGCGGCGACAGAAUCUGCGCAAGAAGAAGGCGGCCCGGGCCGAGCGGCGUCUGGACAGGGCUCGCAGGAAGGGCCGCAUCCUGCCCCAGGACCUGGAGCGGGCUGGCCUGGCGUGA